AUGACGCGCUCAAACAACUCUUAUUGUUCUUCUUCUUCUUCUUGUUCUUCUUGUUCUUCUUCUUCUUCGAGUUUAGGAGGAGGAAAAGGAGGAAGAGGAGAUGUUUCUGUUUCUUUUUCUUCCUUUUCGAGGAGGAGGAGGAAAAAGAGCAGUCAUUUUCGUCGUCGAGCAUUGUCAUCAAAUUUAUCAUCAUCACCGGAAGUAAAUGAAGUUGAAGUUGAAGUGAACGAACGAGCGAAACAUUAUUUCACCAAAGACUCGUUUUAUGCACACGCGGACAAAUUAUAUUCUUCGUUUCAAAACAACCACUCGAACGCGAAGAAAGCAAACGCAGAACGGUUUUGCUGGGAUUAUUGGCACGUGGAGAAUCAGUACACGCAAUUGAGAACACCGGCGAAAGAGUAUUAUUACGAGGGGGAGAUAUUAAAUGAGUUUUACGCAAAGUUUGAAGAGGAGUUGUUGAAAUACGCGCGAGAAAACCUCGCUUUGUCGAAUUUUACGCCGAUUUGGAUGUCGUGUUACGUGGACGGGAUGGGGCAAGAGUUACACGCGGACGUGCCGCACGGUCCGUUGGCGUUUGUGUUCUCGCUGACGAAAAAUUUCGACGAUUCAGACGACGACAAAAGCAGUAGUCCUAGUAAAAGUGGUAGAUACUUUCGCGGCGGGGAGACGACCAUCUUGCGACCGGAACGCGCGAAUUAUUGGCAAAGUUUUGAUCCGACGGAAAUCGUGGAGAGGACGCAGUUAUUCGAGGAAAUCGAGCCAAAGUUUAAUCGGUUGACAAUAUUCGAUCCCAGAUUACCGCACGGCGUGAGAGAGGUCAAAGGAACGAAAGACGUUUCCAAAGGUCGGUUAGUGUUAAACGGCUGGUUCAACGAACCGGCGAUUUCCUGCCAAGGAGGUUUGACCAUCGAGGACGUCGGUAAAGUAUUGGACGCAAAGUUGGAUUUGUUAUACGAAGAGUUGGAGACUCUUCCAGCUAUGAUUGGUUUCGCCGCGUUAAGGAUGGAAAUCGAAGCGGAGACUGGACACGUCGACUCCAUUUCCUGGGGCGCGGAUACCGUCGCCCCGGCUUUAUCUCUCCGCGACCCGGACGAGGUCACGGAAACGAGAGAUGUGGUGUUAGCGACUAUAGCUGGGAUGAUGAGUGAGUGCGUCUUUCCGUCGUCAAAGGAAAAGAGUUCGAUUUGCGUGCCUUUUGUUUUCGGUUGA